AAAUGGUUGUAUGUCAUUGAUUUCAUUUAACUAUAUUCAAUCGCUCAUUGCAUCAUCAAAGAGGAAAGUUUGCAAUUCGCUUGUUCAGUGAGUGAGAAAGGAUCAGUUUGGAAAAAGUCAUGGGAAAUCGUAUACCUUUGUGAACGACUAAUUUGCAUCUAGUUCCGAGAAUUCAUUUUAGUGAACACUUCAUUUGAACUGCAUCGUUCCGGCACGACACAACUGCAUUAUUUAAGAAAAUUAUAACACAAAUCAAGUUUUGUGAAUUUUUUUACAUUUUUUACCAUACAAAACCCUAUGAAGUCAUGAGUGAUGUUCUAAAAAGCUCUCAGGAGCGAUCACGUAAACGGAAACAAUUAUUGGCACAAACAUUGGGCUUGUCCAGUGUAGAUGAACUGAAAACUGCAUUGGGGAACAAUGAGUCGAAUAAUGGUUCCAACUUGAAUUCAAAUAGCUUUGGAGCCAGUGCAAGUUCAGUGCACAAUAGCCAGAGAUCUCAAGACGACGAAGAUGCCGACGGUGUUAGUUCAUCGAAGAAAACUCCAGGAGAAAUUAUUUACCGUGAUUCAUCAACAUUUCUAAAGGGAACACAGUCAUCAAAUCCGCAUAACGAUUACUGCCAACACUUUGUGGAUACCGGUCAAAGACCACAAAACUUUAUACGUGAUGUAGGCUUAGCAGACCGGUUUGAGGAAUAUCCUAAGCUAAGAGAAUUGAUUCGUCUCAAGGACAAACUAAUACAGGACACGGCUUCCCCACCGAUGUAUUUAAAGGCAGAUCUUAAGACUUUAGAUGUAAAAACCUUGGGAACCAAAUUCGAUGUUAUACUCAUAGAACCGCCACUUGAGGAGUAUGCUCGGGCUGCACCAUCUGUGGCCACAGUUGGUGGUGCACCUAGAGUUUUUUGGAAUUGGGAUGAAAUACUAAAUCUUGAUGUUGGUGAAAUAGCAGCCCAUCGCUCAUUUGUGUUCUUAUGGUGCGGUUCUUCAGAAGGCUUGGAUAUGGGACGUAAUUGCCUAAAGAAAUGGGGCUUUAGGCGUUGUGAGGAUAUUUGUUGGAUACGCACCAAUAUCAACAAACCAGGCCAUUCCAAACAGUUGGAGCCAAAGGCUGUAUUUCAACGUACUAAAGAACAUUGUCUGAUGGGCAUUAAAGGAACGGUGAGGCGUUCCACCGAUGGCGAUUUUAUCCAUGCCAAUGUUGACAUCGAUUUGAUCAUUUCCGAGGAAGAUGAAUUUGGUUCAUUUGAAAAACCCAUCGAGAUUUUCCACAUUAUUGAACAUUUUUGUUUGGGACGUCGUCGAUUGCAUUUGUUUGGUCGUGACUCGAGUAUACGCCCCGGCUGGUUAACAGUCGGUCCGGAAUUAACAAAUUCCAACUUUAAUGCCGAACUCUAUCAGACGUAUUUUGCCGAGGCGCCUGCCACAGGUUGUACAACACGUAUCGAAUCACUGCGACCCAAGAGUCCACCAGCUAAUAGUAAGAUUAUACGUGGUCGGGGUGGAAGAGGAUUUCCCCGUGGUCGCGGUAGAGGAAGAUAAAAUGUUUACCACACGAUUCGUAUUACCAUAAGUUCUCAAUUACCUAUGACAUUUUUGUACGUAUCACAAAAUCAAAUCGACUACUUAAAAUCGCAUAAGAAUCGCAAAAGUUUAAGUUAAAUAUAAUUACUCUUUUUUGUAAUGACCUUUAUAAGAAUAAAUAC